ACAGCCUGGCCUCGAGAUGUGUGGCUGCAGAGCCAGUGUUCCCAGCACGAAGCAGUAUUCCGUCAAUCAGCCGGCUCCUGCUGCCACCAAAAAAAGCCCUCCGRCUGCUGCAGGCAUGCCCAAGGGCAUACCCAUAGCCAAGCAGCUGGCAUCAAUAAAAGCUCUAGGAAAAGGCUCAGACCUUGAAAAGGCUUUUGCUACAGCAGCUUUGGUGUAUAACAACUGUGCUGACCCCGAGGGCAARCUGAGCAAAUCUGAAACCAAGAGUUUACUGCAGUCCCAGUUUUGCCAUUUCAUACAGGGUCAAGAAAACAAACCAAAAUACCAGGAGAUMAUUUCUUCCUUGGAUGAGGAGUCAGAGAACAAAAUUGAUUUUGAAGAUUUCAUGAUCUUGUUAGUCAGUCUCACUCUGAUGUCUGACCUGCUGCAGGAGAUCAAAAAUGUGAAAACCACAAAAUGAUCUGUGAUUUUAAAGAA